AUGAAGGGUCAAGGAUAUAUGGAUUUUGAUCUAUCUAGAUCUCAAGAGAGUGCGCUGCUUUACAGAAAUCCUACGAUGAGCACCAUAUCGUCAAUGCCACAUAGUCCGACUGAUGCUUCCUCUCCACUUCAGUCUUACGCCCGCACUUGCUCUUCUUGUCGACAGCGAAAGGUAAAAUGUGACCGCCAACGGCCUUGUAUCAACUGCAGCCGCUCGGGCGUGGAAUGUAUCUAUCCCCCCGGACGCGGCAGGGCUCCUAAGCGGCCCCGCAAUGCCGUGAACGCGCAGUUGUCGCACCGAUUAACCAGACUCGAGUCUAUCAUAAGGAGCUUCGAGUAUCAUCAGAACCAGGAAAGCUCAACUCAUCCACCUGCAGCGCCAGUCGCCCUAUCGUCCCGAGCAGGCAGCAGAGCGUCAGAGACUUCCCGUAUCCAAUCUGUCCCCCGCACGAGCAAUUCAGACUCAGAAAAUUCCAUUGAGCAGCAUCUAGGCCGCUUGCUGAUAGAUGAUACACGGAGCUACUAUGUCAGUAACGUCCUCUGGGCGAAUCUGGGUGAUGAGAUUGCAGAGCUGCGGGAUCUACUACAUGAGCCCUUGGUUGAAGAGGAUUCUGCCUUUUUGGAGGAGCCCGUUCCGGAGCGACCUUUGCCUACGGGCUCAAAUGCUGCAAUAUUAGGUUUUCGGGCUCUUGCUCAUUCACUUCAUCCCUACCAUCCACCCUUGACUGAGUCGGUGACCCUCUUCGGGGUAUUCCAAGAGAACGUCUCUCCGAUGGUACGUAUCUUCCAUAUGCCCACGUUAGCUCGUAAUUAUUGGGAUGCGGUUGCGUCUCUCGAAUCGCUUGAUAAGGAUACCGAAGCCCUCUUAUUCGCCAUAUAUUACUCUGCAGUAAUAAGCAUGGAGCCCGAGCAAUGCUUAAGAACUAUUGGCGUCUCCAAGGCACAUGCUUCAGAAACCUAUCUUUUCGCCGUGGAACAGGCCUUGGCUCGUGCUGACCUGCUGAAUACGCAAAGCGUCACGCUAUUGCAAGCCGCCGUGCUUUUCCUUUUCGCGCUACGCAACGAAGAUGACUCCCGGACCGUCUGGUCUCUCACAGCACUCAUCUUUCACAUCGCACAAGCCAUGGGUCUCCACCGUGAUGGCGUCGUGUUUGGGCUUAAGCCUAUGGAGACAGAGCUACGCCGGCGGUUGUGGUGGCACAUUUGUCUCCUAGAUGCUCGCUCAUCAGAGUACCACGGCUGCGAGCCGAUUGUGCGGGACUCAGCCUUUGACACGAAGCUACCACUCAAUGUUGAAGAUGCUGACCUGACUGCCGACAUGAGCGAGCUACCAACUGAGCGGACCGGUGUAACCGGCAUGUAUUUCUGUCUUAUUAGGUGUGAGGUCAUGCGGACCAUGUGGAAGCUUAGCUGUGUGGCUCCCGGCUUGGGAGGUUCGAGACUUGGGACUGGCAGACCAUCUCUGAAAGAACGUGAAGCUUUAGUGCAGAAUCUGCACGAUCGCCUUGAAGAGCGAUAUUUGCAGCACUGUGAUAUCUCGCAGCCUUUUGGCUUGGCUUCAACAUUCGUAGCCCGUCUAAUGGUUGCACGCGCGUGGCUCGUUGCACGAUAUCUUUUAGAUGAGAAAGAACAUGGUGACAAUUUAUCGGGCCCUGUGCGCGAUCAACUCUUCAUGUCAUCUAUUGAGGUUCUGGAGUUAUCCAGCUUAGUCCUCACUAACAAGGCCAUUGCUCACUGGAGUUGGCACUCAAAGACACACAUCCAAUGGCAUGCAGUUGCCUUUGUGCUCUCUGAGAUCUGCACCCGGCCCCCUUCGGCAGACUGUGACCGCGCAUGGCAGUACGUCAAUACCGUCUACAACAAUUGGAAGAUGAAGGAAAGCGGGAGAAAGGGUACGCUAUGGCGGCCUAUUAGACGACUGAUGGCCAAGGCACAGUACAUACGAGAGAUGCAGGAGCUAGACCCUGCCGGUAGAGGGAGACAGAGAGCGCCGCCAAACCGAGAUAGUAUGCAAGGGGUUCUAGGCCCCGAGAUGUGCUGGGGUACGAACGCGGCAUAUGUGUCUACACCUGUCGACACAGCCUGUAAUGUGGUAGGAGCUCUGCCCAGCGAAAUCUUGGCGGGGACUUUGGAUCCCUUCGAAGAGCUUUUCCCCGGUGCUCCGCACGUUGAGAGCUCCGCACAUGAACCGUGCGACAAUAUAGGGCCAAUGCUCCCUCUUUAUGAUGACUCCCAUAUUCCUGAGUGGCUGGUUCCGGAGUGGAUCAGGAAUCCACCGGGCAAUGGGGAAUGA